AUGGGACGUAAACGGACACUAACCAUCCAUUUUGAGGAUUUUGUAGUUUGUAGUUUGAGCAUGGAGAUCAAGUCAUUUAUCAAACCUAUAAUUGUACCCAACCCUAACUCACUAAGGCAUUUUUUUGCAAAAAAGGCGACAACUCCAAGCAACAUUUUUCCCUACAAUAAAAUACAGAAAUUUAGAGAACAUUUUAAAUUUCCAGACGCCAAAGGAAAGCGAUAUUUCAUGCCCAAAAGUUUUUGUUUAGACCACAUGUGGAAUGGUUCACUUGCGAAUAAUAAAGCUAAAGUGCGAGAAUCCGCAAAGUUUUUACUUAUUUGGUGCUGUGAUAUUUUGAAACUUAAUGCUUGUAAACUUCACGUAUCUAGUCUUAGGGAUGCGCCCUUCGGAUUUCGAGUAAAAUUCAUGCGACAGUCAGUCAGCCAGUCAGGCAAAAGACAAAGUUCUUUCAACACCUUCAAAUUACAAGUCUAUCACUUCAAUAUCUUCCCAAGAGAAUUUAUAUCACUGAAUAAAUAUGCUGACUCCGCUAGAACUGCAAAUGUUUAUUUAAGUGAGGAACAUUCUCCUAGUACUGAAUUAAAAGAAUAUUGCUAUCAAGAACCGAAUUUUAUUUUCAAUGCCAAACCAUUUCAUUUGUCAAAAUUCGUUCCCAUAUUAAGGCUUAACAUAGAGGUGAGGAAAAUUGUUGGUUUUAUUUCUGUUGAAAAUCAAAAAAAUAACAUUAACGGCCCUUUUGUUGCAGAUUUCCGCGACUUAAUAUUACCCAAAAAUUCACGCGUUUCUGUUCAAGCACUUACAAAACUGCUUAGCAUAUUUGUGAAAUGGAUUCGUGCAUUUCAAGAGGAAAUAGUCUUUCUUUUAUCCAAAUUAUUAAGCAAAAUGACUUCUUUAGAAUUUGUUGAUGCAAUGACAAACGGGAAAUUGCGAUGGAUUCCACAAAAAGAAGAAAAACUUUGUGCUCUACGCACUUACAAACAAACAAUCCUUUAUGAAUUUUUAAAAAAAGAUGACGUUUUGUUAACUGUUAAGGAGCAUUUAAUUGGCCUGACUAAUGUGGGAACUAUUCAUAGCUUUCGGUUGCCUUUAGUCAAAUUAAAUCAUGUAAGGAAUUUACUGUGUGUUCUCUCUUUAACAAUGAUUGUGCCAACUGGUGGUUUGUGGAAGGAUGAAUUUUUAACUAAAAGAAACGGUGUAUCAAAAUUAAGAAAAAAACUACGAAAUAGGCAAAACUUUCAAGUUGUUCAAAGCAAAUUUAAGCAGAGGAAGUUACUUAAAAACUUAAGCAAUUUCAUGAUUUUUCAAGGUAACGACGAUUACCACAACUACUCUCUUGUAGAAAGUUACUUAAAAGGUAAAUCUAUUUUAAAUUCUGUUCAGUUUGCGAAACUCAUGACAAAAUUCUACUACAUUUCUGUUCAUCAAAAAAUAUUCGAUAAGCUUAUAGCAAAGCUGAUUUUGGAGCUAGCAAGUAUUGUUGAGAACUUAAACACAAAUAUUUCACCCUGGACUAUCCAAAUGGCAUUAUUUUCUCAGAAAUUACGUAUGUAUGUGGCAAACAAUGUAGUCUAUCAUUGGCAUUUGGUGUGGUACUUAAGCAAUAAAAUCGCAUACACUGACAGUGAAAGUAAUACAAGGAAAUCUAUUUUCUUCCUCCUUCCUAAUUUCAUGCUAAACGUGAACUACAAAUUAGUAAUUAAUGAUGAAAUACUCAAUAUCCAGUCCGUCCAAAUUUUACCAUUUGAAAAGACUACUUUACUUUUACACUCCAUAAUGUUGUGCUUUAAUUGUAUCGUUUCAUUAAUUUCAUUUAUAUCAGGGAUACGUUUUGGUAGCAUUGGCAUGGUCGGAACUGUAAAAAGCAUUUUAAGCAGAACGCAUUUGAAGUAUUUCUCACAAGUUGCCAAUAAAAGUUUUGAUACAUUAGCAUGUUCAUUAAAUAGUUUAAAGUAUUUGCAUUAUCAGCCAAGUGAUUUGCCCAAACAUUAUGGUUCAGAAUUUAAAUUAAAUUUGUUUUUAUUAGAGGAAAAAAUUAGCAAUUCUUCACCGGCUAUUUUACUUUUACUUAAAAAUACCUUAACAAAAAUAUCGUACAUUUGUGAAGGUGAGUUUCGCCAAAUUGCAGUCACGUUUUUUUAUAAGCAAACAUUUCUUAUUGUUUUAGUAUCUUUAACUAGACAUUUGAUGUUCCCGUUGUGCUCCAUUCUAGAAUCCGCCACCAACUUUGUCACCAGAGUCUUGGAGGAAAAAAAUCAGCCACCACAUUUUGGACAUAUUACUUAUUAUGCCACCUGUUUUUAUGCUCUUUUUUUCCUAGCUAAUUCUCCUCAGCGUCAUCAAAUGACAUGUAUUGGACUUGCAAAUGUUAAAGAUACACCUUCUUCUUUACAGUGCUAUUUAAAUUGUCCAGUGGUGAAGAAUUGGACAUUAUUUGUAGUUACAGAACAAAGUUAUUCGGAUUUUAAACUGUUCAAAUCGGAUGUUAAUAGAGAUUGCAGCAAAAGGGAUUCUUUAUUUAUUACUUUAUGCCUAAAUAACAAUCAUCAGUUAUGCAUUACAUAUUUUCAAGAAUUUUCUAUUUAUUACUAUAAAACAGAAGAUACGAAAACUCCAAAUGUUGUAGCGUCUCAAUGCAAACAAUUUUUUCUUUCUUCUCUGAUUGUUGUUAGGAAAAAAUUUUCUGUUUAUCUUGAGAAUAAAGUUGCUGAAUAG